ACGAAAAAUUGACAGUUGUGCCUGAAAAGCGAAACGUGAAACACGUCUGCUCAACGAAACGGAAAUAAUCGCAGUGAAAUAAUAAAAUUUGUUGAGAAAUUAUGAAUUUUUACUGUUACAUAUUAACCGUUGUGUGUGCGAAAACUUUGUAAAUUGAAAACGAAAAUAAUUGUUGAUGUUUAAAGAAAGCUGUCUUGAGUUGAAGUGACGUACGUGCCAACAACUAAAGUUCAGUUGUGGGCAUAGAUUUAUCAACAGCAGAUACUACUACUCAAUAUACGUCAGCAAGCGUAAAUAAAAAAUAAAAAUAAAUAAAAACACUCAAAUAAUAAAAAACAACAAAAAAUACUAUAACAACAAAGUCAACAAAAGCAUCUGUGGCAAAAGUCAACAGCAAUCAGUGCGUUCAGUGGGGUCAAUGACGAGAGCGUCUCAUUGAUUUUGUGAACUGACAAAGUAUAUUCAGCUACCAAUAUAACUGGUUUUAAACCUGCCUUGCCAUCACUAUUUGUACAAACUCAAGUGUCCUGCCACUUAACGCAACUUAAGCACAGCAGUAACUACUUCAUCUCUCCAGAAACUCAAUAAAUAAGCGAAGUGUAGAAGAAUUAACGAACCAACAACCGAUCGAUAUCAUCGUUAGCCAUCGUAGCUUAACAUUUUUCGUGCCAGCAGCCAUUCAUUGUCCAACUGAAGUGCGACAUCAAGUGUGUUCAACGCAGAAGACCGUUACCACCGAUAACAUUAUUGUUGUUGUUAUUUUCUUUUGAUUUAUCCAACGGUUUUUCGCGCAUCGUCGUCGCUGUGAACAAUGGUUGCAAUCGAACAUCGUCAAAAGUCAUCGACAGCAGCAACAGCAACAGCGACAGAGACUUCAGCAGCAACAAUCAAUAUAGCCGUAUUAUCGCCAACAUCGUCCGCCUCAUCAACAUCGGCUGCGUCAAAUACGACCACCACCACCACUUCGAGCAUUCAACAACAGCAGCAGCAGCAGGAACAACAACAACAACAAUUACAAAUAAAGAAAGAGGAGCAGGAGGAGAAACCGCAUUUAGUGGACGACGAGAUAUUGAAAACCAAUCAGAAAUCGCCAAUAAAACAGAAACUGGCUAAAAUGUCGGAGUUGGAAUCACCCGCCGAGAUACAAAACUCGGAGAAAAAACAAGCACAUAAACCAACUGCCGGCGCUGUCUCGAAGAGUGCGGUUAGUCAGCGUAAUGUCGAUAUAAAGAUUGCCAAAAAAUCGAACUUGGAUGCGGCCACUAAGGAGCUUACGAAGAAAGUACUCAAAUUGGAUUUGACGGGGAAGGAGUUGGACGAAUUUUCGAUUAAAUCACCCAAAUCUCCAAUUGCGCGCUUACCACAUCAAACAUCACUUACCUCCUCAGUCGAUGUGGAGGAUCGCAAAACGUUACGUGAGGCCUUAUACCAGGGUAUAUUUCAUCGUCAUCGAAGAACCAUCUUUGCCGUCGGCAGCUUCUUACGCAUGUUACGCAGUCGCAAUUCACAAUACAACACCAUACGCAGCUCAUCCGAGGGCGAGGAUGUGGAUGAGGUUAGAUAAGACAAUGAAAAUGUGUAGACACACCAAUCUACAGUUAUAAAUCAAUAAAUUAACGGUUAUAUGAGAAAGAAAGAUACAAAAAAUCAUACAAACACAUAUGCAUACAUACAAACAAUUAUAUAUUAUAUAUGUAUCAUAAAACAUAGAAACUAAUGAUAAGCGUAUUUAUGUUACGUGAGCGAUAUAAAUAAAAUAUUACUGUUAACAAAUGCAAAUCAUACAAGCAGAGAUAAUACAAAUAGGUGCAAUGUUGAUGGUGCGAUAGUGCGGCCGCUCCUAAAUCUACCAUAUAUUCAGUUAUAUAUUUGUUUGAUAGUAUGAAGUAUACGCCGUCUUCGCUGCGCCAAACCUUCUAGCAUGACGAAUCGAACAAGCAACUGGCAUAAAAGCAAGUGACUGGCAUAAACUGUAAGUAGCGAAAGAGCAAGCGUUUUUCUCACACAUGCUCUCUUGUAUUGAAUGGAACUACAAGUAUAUUGUUGCUCUCCAUUUUACAUUUUUUGGUAAGCGAGCGGCGAAACGAAGACGGUUAAGGCUGGCAAACAAUGACAAGGAAGCCACAUAUAGUAAUGUCUGCCGCGCCACACUCAUACAUACAUACAUAUAGGCACACAUAUAUCUACUUAUUUAACGAAAGUUGUUAGUUUAUUAGUGAAAAGGUGAAAAUAGUGGUUCUACUUAUUUUUCUCCACAACACAUAUUCAUACUUAUGUAUGUAAUUACCAAAAAAUGCAAAAAAUUCUAAAAAAAA